CAUCAUAACUCGCUCAUACACACAAGCACCACGAACAUCAGCUACCCCCUUGCUUACAAGUGCCCAUACUGAACAUACAUGCUCACAGUCGCCGGGCGGUUUCAGCGGUGCGCCACAGGGGCUUUAUCCCUACAAGCCAGGGCAUCCGUAGGUUUGGGCACGAGGCGCUGGUAGUGGGCACGCGGCUUUGCCAGCAGGUGUGGCAGCAGCAGCGGCGGGAGCCAUGGCAUGUGCGGGCGAAGGAAAGUUCACUGGGAAGGACCCUGCUGCCCUGCCGACGCUGGUGGUGCGCUUCUCUGGAUCGGGAUGGCUGCUCGCGUUCCACUGCGGUGUUGGCAAGUUCGCGUAUGACCACUUGCGGGUGGACCAUCCGCGCCUGCGAUUUGGAGGGCAGUCUGGAGGCAGCCUCAUCAGCUCCGCGCUGACCGCAGGCAUGGACGUGGAUUGCGUGUACGAGGCAUCGCUGAUGAUGAUCGAGCCCUGCAAGCACAACCCCUUCCGCAUGCGCAAGUGCCUUAACGAAGCAUUGGACCGACUGGCGCCGCCGGACGAGGCUUGGAUCCGCGCCAAGCACCGGCUCAUUGUGGGCAUGUCGCGCAUCGAACACCUGGGCGGCGCCAAGAUCGCCUGGAAGUCCACCAACCUCACCGAGUUUCGCGGCCGCGCACACGGCCUCCGAGUGCUGGAGGCGUCCUGCCACCUGCCGGUCAUCAGCGGGCUGCGGGGCGUGGAUGUGGACGGCCACCGUUUCUUCGACGGCGGUGUGGCGGAGCUGGUGCCAGACAUAACGCCAGAGCAGAUCGGGUUGAACUCCGAUCCCGCCAAGGGCCCCGUGGAUCCCGUGUUCUCCAUUGACAUCUGCUCCUGGGGCAACCUGGGCGAGGGCUACCACAUCUGCCCGGGCUUUGACGUGCCCGUGGGCUGGUUCUUCUUCCCACACAACUCCGGUGUCCUGAACAAGCUGUUUCGCCUGGGCUACGCACGCGCCGCCGAAUGCUUUGCCAAGGUGGAUCCGGCGAUCAUGGCUGAUCUGUGGCGCCCCGGCAUGGAGCUCAGCCUGUCCUAUCUGCCCGGGAUCUGCGAGCAGGUCGACGAGCUGGUGAGCUACCUGCGCGAGGCGGACCCGUUCUGCUGCAUCGACGCCAUGCUGUCCAGCCGCAAGAAAUACUCCAAGCCGCAGCUGUCACGCCUGGCGCAGAUGCACAUCCCGCAGCUGCCCAUGGCCCAGUCCUCAGAGCUCCUGCCGCUGAUCGCCAAGGCGGAGCUGUCAAAGAUUCCGGGGCCGGUGGACGGCGGAGUCAAGGGCGGCGCCCAGGCUGUGCCUGAGGCGGCGCAGCCCACCGGCCAGCUGCGCGUAGCCAUGCCGCACACGCCCGCCCUGGCGAAGGAGCAGGAGGAGCAGGAGCAGCGCAGGGUGACGGCCAACGGACGAAGUGCGGGGGCCGCGCAACAGGAGGAGCGGCGCAAUGGCUCGGGUACGGCGGCUGGCGGCGACGCUAGCGGUGGCUUACAGAGCUCGCUGCCGGCUGGGGCAGCGUGUGCCGGCACAGGGCACUCCAUGCAGCUGCCGGGCGCGCCGCCCGUUGCGAACAUCUCGACCAGUGCAGCAGCAGCAGACGGCGCAGACGGGUGCACCGCCGCGCGGCGCGGCUCAACCGCCUACAGCGUUGCCACGCCCACGGCUGUGGACGCCGCGGCGGCUCUGAUGAGUGGGAGCGGCAGCACGGCGUCGCUUCCGGCGGUGUUGGCGGCACACCUCGGCGCCGGCAGCGACUAUGCCGGCAGCGCACCGGACUCUCCCUGCGCCGCUGCCGGCCCUCCGCGCCACAGCCUGCGGCCCAUGCCGCCGCUGCGUCCCACCACGUGGCUCAAGGACGACAGCCUGCGCACCGCCAGCCUGCAGAACAUGGCCAAACGCGGCAGCCGUGUGGCCCCACUGCCGCCGCUUAUGGGAGUGCUGUCGGCACCCGCGCCCGACAGCAGCACGGCUGGCGGCUCGCCUCCUUGAGGCCUUGCCCGGGCUGGCUGGCGCGGAAACGGCGGGCGCGCGUCUGCUGCCGUGGGCAGGAGGCAGCGCCAUGUGCCGUCCUCCGAGAAUACCCAUGGCGCACAUAUGGCGGAGGCCAAAUAGUGUUGUAUUUGAUGCUCAGUAACAAUACGGUCGGCGGCGGGCCACGCCGGGUACCGCCCUGCGCAGGUGUCCCAUGGGGGGCAUUGAUAGAUUCUCACGAAGUUGUCUACCGUAGGUCUUGGACAAUGGGCAGUGCGUCUUGGAUGUAAGUCGUGCGUAGACAUGCUGCCGUAUCGUGAUGCGCCGCUGCAGGGGCGCGCCACGUUAAUAUCACUGCGUCUUAAUUGAGUUUGGACUGUGGGAAAUGCAAAGGUGCAGAGGGAAGCGAUUUGAAGACUGUUAUUUGUUAAGGACGUUGAUGGGACCUGAUGCGACCCUAAGACCGCCGGGUGCCGCCUGGCACGCACGCACUCGCAAAUGACCCGUACGCAGGUUGAAGCUUUCCCAACUAUGUAUACUAGCAGAAAGCCGGGCGUCGUGGCUGCCACAUACCGUCUGUUGUGCUCGUGCUGUAGCGGUCAACUGCUCUUUCUGCAGCGAUAGAUGGAUGAUGCUUGCGUAUGGGGAAGCGCUGUCAUGGGAGGGGUGCGGUGCAGCGCAGCAUGUUCUUUGGCUGGCAAACGGUGCACCGAAGGACGUUAUCGUGAGAUUCUGUGGAGCCGGCUGGAGCUGAAGUGGAGGCAUGCGGUGCGGCAGAUGCACCUGCAGACGCUGCCGCUCGCCGAUGUGAGAAU